ACCUUACCUGAGAUGAUGAAUUCAGACAUGUAUCUUCUUGGUGCACUAGAUGAUGACGAAGAACCGCAAAAAUCGAACAAAGAUUCAACUGAAAAUAUAUGUGACAAGGAAGGCCGCUGUUAUCCGAAAGUAUUCGUUGCAACAAAUUAUUUCCAAGAAGUCCUAGAAGGACAAGAAAUACCUGGAGGACUUCAUGUGAAAAUCGAUUUCUACACUGGAAAAAAACACGCAAAACUCCUAGAUCCUAAUAAUAAUGAACCAUCGGACAUCAUCAUAGUUGAUAAAGAUGGCUCAGUUAAUUCGGACCCUGUACAAAGUGAAUCAUCUGAAGUUGAUGUGGAUCAAGAUGCGCAAGCUCUUAUACAUCACGAAGAUUCAUCCGAAGUUGAUGCGGAUCAAGGUGAACAAGUUCAUAUACAUCACGAAGAUUCUUUAGAAACUGAUAGUUCAUUACCGAUUAUACCACCUGGACAUAAAGAAAAUCUUCGCAUAUCACAUGUGGAUAAUCAACUUUUUGAAGAAUGUAUCUCUAAAUUAAUCAAUACAUCACAAUCGUUACAUGAUAUACUAUCCACCUUGGAUAAUUUAGAAGAUUUGGUUCAUGAAUUGGAUUUUGGUAUAAAACUCGCUAGAGGCAGUGGUCUCAUUUCAGUCGUUAAACUUCUGGAUAAUAAUUCAAAUGAAAUCAAAAGAAAAGCCGCUUUAGUAAUUGGUACUGCCAUGCAGAAUAAUCCAUUAGCUCAAGAUGAAGCAUUAAAAUUGGAUCUCAUACCUUACCUUUUAGAUCUAUUAUCUUCAGAAACAGAUAUAAAAGUUUCUUCUCGUCUUUUAUACGCUUUAUCCAGCAUAGUUCGUGGUAACAAAGAGUCAAUACAGUCUGUUAAGAACAAUCAAGGAUUGUCACGGUUGGCAAUUGUAUACCAAAAAUUAGAAAAUAAUGAGUUCCGUGCAAAAUGUGCCUUAUUUGUCACAGAUUUUAUAGACCCGAAUAUGGUCACAGCUGUUCAUAAAAAGUUUAGUCUUUUUGAUCAACCACAACAACAUGAUUAUGUUGUUUCUCCAUUUGAAAAUGCCAUUGAAACUUGUGGAAUAUCUAUGAUUAAGAGUCAUUACUCACGUCAGUGCCCCAUUCAAAACGGAUUUAAAAACUGGUUAUCAAACCAAAUUAAUCGGGAUAAUGAUGAAUAUUUGGAAGAUUAUUUCCGUUUGGUUAAUCAAGUCAAAAUCCAAUAUGGAUUAACUUGA